AUGCGCGCCCAGCUGGACCUCAUCAGCUCCGCAGCUGCGGAGGAGCUGCUCACAUCUAGCCAUGUCCCCUCCUCUUCCCCCUCCGUGCGAGAUCCGAGGUCUGCCGUCUACCUCUCCCCCGCUCCAGCUCUCCGGCGCUACGCCCCUUUCUUCGUUCCUCACCAGCCAACCGAGGAAGCGGAGACCCUGCCCUUGCCCCAGCAUCUCAAAGUUUUGAUAGCUGUGGCAUUCUUCCUCAACCAGUGCCAUGUGGAGGUGCAAUGCCAAGUGUGUCCAGCAGGAACGCUGCACCCUGUGCAAGGGUUCCUAGAGAGCUUUGCAGCAGGGCCUGGCUGUGCAGCCAGGGAAAGGGGAGACACAGAAACGCAUGUUAUCUCUGUGGGGAGAGCCAGUCCUGGCUCACAAAAGCAGGUGAAGGUGCUCCUACGGCCUCUAUCCUACUCUCAGCCACCCACUCGCUCUCUCACCCUGGUGCUCAGCUCACAGCGUCCAAUCCACUGGACCCUGGAGGGCGAGAGGCUUCCACCUAGGCUCUCUGUACGAGUGGAGAUGGCGCCAGCCUCCACCAUGCAGGCACGCGGCGUGGCGCUGCAAGUGAUGCAGGUGCCUGGGCUGCCCCGGCGCCCAAGAGCACUGCUGCACUGGAGUCUUGAGCGGCACUCUUCCAUCUCCUCCCUCACACACACCACCCUCGCCAACCGUGUCUACAUCCGCCUGGGAGAGGAUCCCACAAUGCCCAACGUGUGCCGGUUGCAGUCCCUCUUCCUAUCCCACAACUACCUGAUCACUCACCUGCAACCACAGGAAGUGCGUGGAUGUGUCCCCUGGGGUCAUGGCAGUGACCUGGAAGUGCACGUGAUCAAGCUUCAGUCUGCAGGAUCGGGGAUCUGUGGCUCUCUUCAGGUGGAGGUACCUGUCUCUGUGCUGCCCCCAGUGGCUCAUGCUGGAUGGUACAAGCUGGUGUUGAUCCUUUCCAGUGCAGUUCCGGUCAAUUGGGCUGUCACAGCUGAAGGUCUUCAGGGACAGAUAUCCAUCUAUUCAUCCAAUACCGUGUCCCCCCUCUAUCCUCCUGAACCUGAUCUGUCUCUGACCAGCAUGCUCACCCCUGACCUCCUCACAACCCAUGACCUCGUGGGCUGGGCCAAUCGGAGUGGCUUUCCAAAGGUUACCUCAUACACAGAGGCAGACCUAGCCAAUCGCUUUGUGAUCAGGCUGGCUGGGGGAGGGACAGAACGAAUACAGCGACUGACCUGGAAGAUUGUAAGCAGAAAGACUGGACAUGGAAAACAGCACACGAGAUCAACAUACAAGGAGAAACUGCAAGGAGACUGGGUUCUCUCUCUGCAGUCCUUGGCUGUGUGGCCCCGGGGGACACCCCGCUCAGGCGAGGGGCGUCAGCUGAGGGCAUGGUUGACCCAGGGGGGCAACGAGACAGAGGAGGCAGUCUCUGUGCAGUGCAUAGAUGGGCAGUUCAGUUUGGCCAUGGACCAAGGAGUCCUGCAGUCCCUGUCUCCCCCAGUUUCUGCUGUGACUUUGCGUGAUCCUCGGUGCAAGGCACACUUCAAUGGCAGCCACUUCCUCUUGGUGUUUCCAGUCAUUUCCUGUGGGACAGAUGCGGUAAUGGAGGCAGAGCCCAGAGGGGUGCGGUACAGAAACUCGGUUUUGCUAUGGAGCAGCAAGGCCCCGGUUGGCAUGUGGAAUGGGACCUGGGAAGAGCCAGCAGACCAGCAGAUCCCACAGCUCAUCCAUUUCAGCUGUUUAGCUGUGGUUCCCACCCCUCCCAGUGCACCCCAGGACACAUCCUCUCUUCUGUGGGGAGAGCAGAAGGGGCAGGAUAUGGAUCUGGGACGUUCGGUUGCCCCACUCUUCUCCUUGCAGCUAUUUGUGACAGAGGCGUUCGAGCAGAGAGAGAUGGGGCCCUGCGUCAUCAUGGCAGAUAAUCGUGUCUAUGUCGAGGUGUCAGUGACAGGCAUGAUCAGGGAGGGUGUGGAGGUUCACUCCUGUGUGGUUUCACCACUGUCUGACCCCCAGGCCAAUCCAGGCUGGCCAGUCAUCCAGGAUGGUUGCGCCUUUGAUCCGUCACUCACUCUGAGCCCUGAGGUGGCAGGCAGAGUCAGGGCCAGAGUGGGGGAGGAAACUGUGAAGGAGGAAGUGAGAGGGGAGAGAGGAGAGGCAGAGGAGGGCAGGCCAGCUGACAGGGUACGAUUCAGCUUUGUGCUACGGCCUGUUUACAACAACUCCAUCCAGUUCCUGCACUGCAGACUGCGACAGUGUGAGGAGGGGCCCCAGAGGGUGACAUCACAUGACAGCUGUCACCAUGGCCCCGCCCUCCCAACCCUCAUUGCUAAGCCCAGGAACCAGCAGUGCAAGUACAGGACUCUGUCCCGACCCGUGCUAGUCACACAGUCUUUUGGCCUGGCUCGGCUUCUGGCACCAUCUGCUGGUCAAAGAGCUCACAAACCCAACCUGAAGCCACUGUCCAAGUCGAGCCUUGCAAAGAACAGCACUGGGGUUGACACUGGCCCAGUGGUGGGGAUUGUGUUCGCUGCUUUCCUGAUUGGCAUCAGCCUCAUGGGAGCACUGUGGUGCAUCUAUACUCACACAGGGGUGGCUCUGCCACAAAGAAGAGGUAGUCUGCCUGAAACAAUGGACCAAACCACUGCCUCCUGGAACCCCCCUGCAUCACAGGAACAGUCCAACAGUUCAGUGUAA